GAAAUCUCUCUCCUUCCUCUUUUUUUAGAAUUGAAACAAACUUGGAGAUUGAAACCACCGCAGUCACUUCAUGGCAGCCAGGACGCCUUGGAAAUCCUCCAGGAUGAAGCCCACUGCCCCAUCUGCCUGAAAAUAUUCCAUGACCCCGUGUCCAUCCACUGCGGACACAGCUUUUGCCAGUCGUGCAUCACUCAGAUCUGGGAAGGACUGACCACCAACUUCUCCUGCCCCCAGUGCAGGGAGACGGGGGACCAGAUGAGCCUCUGCCCCAACAGGGAGUUGGCCAACAUGAGUGAAGCAGCCAAGAGAUGGAACCUGCAACAGGACAGAGAAGUGGAAGGAGGGGAGAACUUGUGCAAGAAACACCAGGAACCCUUGAAGCUCUUCUGCCAAGAUGACAAAAGGCUUAUCUGUGUGGUGUGUGACAGGUCUGAGGUGCACCGUAACCAUUCUGUGGUUCCCAUGGACGAGGCUGUCCAGGAGUACAAGAAACAAAUUGAGACCCAACUGCACCUUCUGAAAUCAGAGCAAGAGGCGCUUCAAUCUUCCGUGAAGGACAGACAAGACAGAAUCAAGGACCACACUGAGAGGACAGCAGCUGCAAAGCAAGAAAUUGUGACGACAUAUACGAAGUUGCAUGAGAUCCUAGACAAGGAGGAGUCCUCUUUUCUGGCCCAGCUGGACCAGCUGGACACAGACAUAAUGAACGCACAUGAAGAAAUCCUCCAGAAGCUUUUGGAGGAGACGACAAACCUGGGCAGGCUGAUUGGGGAGGUGGAGAGGACAUACCAGCAGCCAGACUUGGAGCUCCUGAAGGACAUUGGAACCACGUUGAGCAGGGGCCAGAGGGAAACGCUCUCCCACUCACUCCAGAUUUCCCCGCAGCUGGAAAAGAAAUUCUCUGAUUUCACUGAGAAAUCCGCAGCCAUCAAGGAACUUCUGGAGAAAUUCCAAGACUUCCUGGAGUUCGAACUUCCCUUGACAACAGGGAUGACGCUAGACCCGGAGACAGCCAACGCCAGACUUUAUCUCUCAGAAGACUGCAAGUUUGUGCGGUGGGAAGGCUGUGAGCAGGACCUGCCCUCCAACCCAGGGAGGUUCAAAAUCGAUCCCUGUGUGCUGGGCUCGAGGGGCUUCACAUCGGGGUGGCACCGCUGGGAUGUGGAAAUCUGUAGAGAGGGCUUUUGGGCCGUUGGGGUGGUCAAGGAGUCAGUGCCAAGGGAGGUUUUUUUGGACCUGAAUCCCAACAAGGGGAUAUGGGCUCUGUGUCAUGACCAUGGUGAGUGUGUUGCUUGUACCUCUCCUGAUCUGACCUUCUUGACUCUACGCAGUGUCCCCAGGAGGAUACGAAUCUGCUUGGACUAUGAGAACGGGAGGGUGGUGUUUUUUGAUGCUGAGAGCAAAGAACGGAUCUUUGCUUUUCCGAAGGUGUCUUUCCAAGGGGAGAGAGUCUUUCCAUGGUUCAUGGUGAUCGGGGAUAUUCAACUCAGAGGUUCCAACGCCGAAGCCAAGGCGCGGCAGCUCCAUGGAGUUUCCCCCCAGCGCCGGCACGAAAUCCCCCCAGUUCGGGGCUCUUGGGGCGCCGGGGCCGGGAAAGCGCUGCCAACGGCGGAGGCGAGCGAUCGGGGGGUUCUCCAUCAGGUCCGACCCAGCACGCCCCGCUGCGGGGGGGGCACCGCCGCGGUUCCCAACCAGCUCCGGACGCAGAUGGGGUUCCCCACGAGCCCAUGGGGCCUCCUCAGUCAUUUCCUGACUCUCCACCUCCUCCGGCUGGGAUCAGCACAGUUCAGAGUGGUGGGACCAGGCCAACCUCUCCUUGCCACCGUGGGACAGGAUGUCGUGCUGCCCUGUCACUUGUCCCCACACAUGGAUGCUUCGAGCUUGGAGAUCAGGUGGAUCCGGCACCAGCUCGCUGAAACAGUGCACCUCUACCAAAAUGGAGCAGACCAGUACUGGGAGCAGAUGGAGGAAUACAUUGGAAGGACAGAGUUGGCCAGAGAUGGUCUCUCCCGUGGGAGCUUGGACUUGAGAAUCAGAGGGUUGAGACCCUCUGACGAUGGCCAGUACGUCUGCACUGUGCAAGAUGCUUCCUCUUAUGGAGAAGCUGUGGUGGAACUGAAGGUGGCAGCCUUGGGCUCUGUCCCUCUCCUCUCUCUGGAGGCUUACGAGGAUGGAGGCAUCCGGGUGGUGUGUCGAUCGGCCGGCUGGUACCCGUCACCGGAGGUGCUGUGGAGGGAUGGCGAGGGGCAGCAUCUCCCCUCAGUCUUCCAGAGACAUUCCCCAGAUGAGAGGGGCUUCUUUGAGAUCCAAGAUGUCAUCAUUGUGAGCGGGAAGGGAGACGGGAACGUGUCAUGCGUGGUGAGGAACAGUCGUCUGGAGCAGGAGCAGGCGUCGUCCCUGCACAUCUCAGCUCCCUUUUUCCACAAUGCCCGUCCCUGGAUGGCAGCUCUGGGUGUCUUCCUCGUGCUUUCAGUGGUGUCAACUGCCCUCAGUGCUUACCUCUUCCGAAGGAAAGUGGUGCAGUCCCGAGCGCUGGAGCAACGAGAUGCAGCACUGGAGGAACAAGCUGCACUGUUGGGUGAGUCUCCACGAACUCCUCCUGGCUCGGUGUCCUCUCUUGGGCACUCUGGACUUGACCCGUUUCUGUCUUGCACAUCCUCUCCAUCCCUGCAUCCCCUGGGUCCAGGCAAACCCCGAGGGGAUGUGUCUGGGGAGGUGGGCAGCUCAGGGACACCAGACCAGGGAUGGGCCCUUUACGCUUUCCACAGCCACUGGGUACCAGUGGUGGGAUAUGACCUGUUCUUUUCUGUCCUUGUAGAGUGGAGAAAAUUUCUGCUUCCUGAGAAUCCAGAUGUGGUGACCCUGGAUCCAAACACGGCUCAUUCCCAGCUUCUCCUGUCGGAGGAUUUGAGAAGUGUGAGAUGGGGGACCACACGGCUGAACCUGCCCAGCACCCCUGAGAGAUUUACUUAUUGGUGCUGGGUGCUGGGCAAACAGAGGUUCCAUGAGGGGAGGCACUGCUGGGAGGUGGAGGUGGAGGGGGAGGUGGGAGAUGAUUCGUGGUGGGGUGUUGGGGUGGCCAAAGAGACUGGGGAGAGAAAGAGGAGAGUGUUACCAAGCCCUGAAGAAGGGAUCUGGGCAGUUCGGCACCGGAGAGGGCAGUUCGAGGCUCUCACCUUUCCUUCCAUCCCGCUGUCCCCAGUCCCCAGGAGGAUCUGGGUCUGUCUGGACUGUACAGAGGGGCUGGUGACUUUCCUCAACGCCGACACUGGGGUCAAGAUCUUCACUUUCCCACCAGGCUCAUUCCACAGGGAGACCCUGCGCCCUUGGUUUCAAGUGGAGACAGCGAAAAUGGAGCUGUGCCUCAGGGGCAGCAUCACCCUCAGCCCCCCUUCCAUCCCCACCACAGCCUCCAGCAGCCCCUGUCCUUCUCCAGAGACUCCUCCCUCUCCUCUCCUGGACCCUGCAGGAGAUGCCCCUCUCUGCCCUGCCCCAGCCCAGAGGACAGAGGGGCAGUGAGGGGCAGGGGGCAGGGGCUGCUGUGGGGUCCCCCCAGGUACUGGGAGGCUCUGAGCAGGGGUGUGUGUCCUCAUUUCAGGUUUGAUGGAGUUGAUUUUCUUUCUAGUAUCGGCUGCGUUUUGAAUUUGUUGUGAGAAUGUGAUUGAUCCGACAUGGUUUUAUACGUGGCUGAGAAAUGUUCACAUCAGUCAAGGGCUUUUUCAGCUUCCCAUCACAGCUGAGAGGGAGCACGGCCAGGACGAGGUGGCCAAAGGGCUAUUGCACCCCACAGAUAUCCUGCUCAGGACAGAAAUGAGAGUCGGGAGGGGGCUGGGACCCUCCAUUGCUGCUGUGGACAGUCUGGGCAAUCAGUCCUCAGGUGCUGAGGGCACCUGCUGUUGUAUCCCUUAAUUUUGAAUAUUUUUUUUACAAUUAAUCAUAUUUUCCUCUGCUGUAA